CUGCCAGCACAGUUCUUGGAGCACAAGCGUUGAUUCAGUUGUUAGCAGUCUCCUUUCUGUCCUCUCCUUCUCUCUCUCCCUCCGUGUCUCUCCUGCUCGCGCUCUUCCCUCUCUUUCUGUCCGAGUUGAAGGAAGGUCCAGAAGGGAAGGAUUUUUCGUGGUUGGCGGCAGCCUCUUGGUGAGUUUCCAGCUUUUCCACUGGUAUGACCCUCUUCAGGAGCGAGCAUUACAGUGUGAAACACAUAAGCAUGACAGGUGAGACCAGGUCCAGUCGACCCCGGGCAGGAAGCAAGCGGUCCAGCAGCGAGUUGUACAGAUCUGACCACGACCUGGACUAUGACUGCUACUCGGAGCAGCUCUAUGACAGAGUCUUUGAUUACCAGCGUGUUCCUGUCUCCAUGGCAACCAUUUCACGAGAUGUCACCCCUCCCAAGCGCCCCCGCUCCUCCUCCUCCUCCUCGGCGGUCCACCGCAGCAGCAGAGAGCGCUUCCAGCUCAGGCACAGAUCCAGGAUCAGUGGGAGCAGCUCCAGCACUGCCAAAUUGAAAAUGGAGGAGUUGCAGAGUAUCAAGAAGGAGCUGACCGUGAUUAAGGUCCAGAUCGACGAACUGCUGGACAGUCUGGACGAGAUGGACAGACAGAGGAGAGAUCAGUCAGAGGGCAGUGUGACAUGCUCCUCAUACCCUGCCUCAGGAGGCAGCACCGCCGGCUCCCCCCGGGUCCCGUCCCCCUUCGGCCGGCCACGCCGAGAUCGAGAGAGCCCUGAGCCCGGGGAGGCCAGCGACGACAACAGCUCCCAGAUGACCUAUCACAGCUCUGACUUUGAGUACAUGUGAAGGGUGAUGGAGAGGUGGAGAGACCGGAGGAGUCCACACGAGGAGCCGCUGGAGGAGAGACGGGGGUCUGAGAGAAGGAGCACCCAAGGGCCGCUGGUGGUUGUGUACAACUUAGCAGUCACUAUAUGAAGCUCUGCACUGAUGUCUGGCCAUCUCACUGGAAUCUUUAGGAAGAGACGUCUCUGCAUAGCCUGGUCACCAGCACUAUUUGAUUUCCUGAUGCGCUGCGUCACAUUCUGGGAAAAUAUACCUAAUUUUCAAAUUUGAAAAAUAAUGAAUGUUACACAGUAUGAGAUAAAUCUUGGUAUUACUCCUGAAAGAAGAAUGUGAUUGCACCUUCAUUUAAAAUAGUUAUUCAAUAGACUGUGUCUAAAAAAAGUUGAGAUAUGAUUUGUUAUCCCAGAUCUUAGCAUUAGACAGAGAGAUCAAGAUGGAGAGAAACUUGUUUAUAUAUAUUCAGAUCUUCUGAAUGCCCACUAGAUGUUAAGAUGAUGAUGAAAACUUCAGACUAUCUUCUAUAUUUCUAAGUGACAAAUAGAUAAAAAGAAGAAAUGCAUUUGUUUUGCAAAUGGUGACAACUUUGUUACUAGACUUACAAGUAAAUGAAUAACUUUAGAUUUUCCUCUGAGAGAAGUCUAACUCACUUAUUCAUCUGUACAACUUCUUAAUCACACACACACACACACACACACACACACACACACACACACACACACACACACACACACACACACACACCACUACCACCAUCCACAACAACAACUACACAAA